AUGCUUUUGGAUGUUUUUAAGACAAUGCUUCUUUUUUGGAUUGGAAUUUCCUUGCUGGCAGGAUGCACAGCUAUCAAUGUGGAGUCAGCAGGCAGCCACAGCGCGUUUACCUGUGAGCCCAUCACACUCCGGAUGUGCCAGGGUCUCUCCUACAACACCACGUUCAUGCCCAACCUGCUCAAUCACUAUGAUCAGCAGAUGGCAGCCCUUGCUAUGGAGCCUUUUCACCCCAUCGUGAACCUGGAGUGUUCAGCUGAUCUGCGUCCAUUCCUUUGUGCCCUUUACGCUCCAGUGUGCACGGAGUAUGGCCGUGUGACCCUGCCUUGCCAGCGUCUCUGUCAGCGGGCCAAGAGCGACUGCUACAAGCUAAUGGACAUCUUUGGAUUAAGCUGGCCUGAAGAAAUGGCCUGUAAGAGGUUCCCAGACUGUGAUGAGCCAUACCCUCGAGCUAUAGACCUGCUGUCCAGCGACGACCCCACCGAGGAGUCCUCUGUGUCUGUGCAACGUGACUAUGGCUUCUGGUGUCCGAGAGAGUUAAAAGUUGACCCUGAGCUGGGCUACUCCUUCCUAGGUGUGCAGGACUGUUCUCCCCCAUGUCCCAACAUGUACUUCAAAAAGGAUGAGCUCGUCUUUGCCCGUUACUUCAUCGGUGUGGUGUCCAUCGUCUGCCUGUCGGCCACUCUUUUCACCUUUCUUACCUUCCUGAUUGAUGUGGGUCGCUUUCGCUACCCGGAGAGGCCCAUCGUAUUUUAUGCUGUGUGCUACAUGGUGGUUUCACUGGUCUUCUUCCUGGGAUUCCUGCUGGAGGAGCGAGUGGCGUGCAACUCUGCAGCACCGGGUCACUUCCACGCUGCCACCAUCACUCAGGGCUCACACAACAAAGCAUGUACACUGCUCUUCAUGGCUCUUUACUUCUUUACCAUGGCAGGCAGCGCAUGGUGGGUUGUGCUGACCGUCACCUGGUUCCUGGCUGCCGUACCGAAGUGGGGCAGUGAGGCGAUUGAGAAAAAGGCUCUGAUUUUCCAUGCGGUGGCCUGGGGAGUGCCUGGCAUGCUUACUAUCGCCCUCAUGGCUCUAAACAGGGUGGAGGGGGAUGGUGUCAGUGGAGUGUGCUAUGUGGGUCUUUAUGACCUUGCUACCUUGCGCUGGUUCCUCCUGGCCCCUCUGUCGCUGGCUGUGACUGUCGGAGUGCUGCUUUUGCUGGCUGGCAUUGUGGCGCUCAAUCGUGUGCGCAUGGAGAUCCCCUUGGACAAGGAAAACCAGGACAAGCUGGUGAAGUUUAUGAUCCGCAUUGGUGUGUUUUCCGUUCUCUACCUGGUGCCGCUGUUGAUUUUGAUAUGCUGCUAUGUGUAUGAGCAGAGCUCCAGGUCAACGUGGGAGAUUACAUGGGUACAAGAGCAAUGCAGAAACUACCACAUCCCAUGCCCGUUUCAGGUGGAGCAGACGAGCAGGCCGAAUGUUGCUCUCUUCCUCAUUAAGUACUUGAUGAUGCUGGUGGUGGGCAUCCCCUCGGUUUUCUGGGUGGGUAGUAAGAAGACUUGCUUUGAGUGGGCCAGCUUCUUCCACGGCCAUCGCAGAAAAGACAGCAUGGUGCACGAGAGCAAGCAGGGGCUGCAGGAACCCGACUUCACCCACUUGCUCCUGCGUGAGCCCGGACUGCCCGUGGUGCGUCAUUCCCGCGGCACCUCCACCCAGGGAACCUCCACCCACGCCUCCUCCACACACCUGGCCAUGCUGGAUGAUGAUCACAGUAGUAGCAGUAGUCGUCCAAGCAGCGUGCACAGCAAAGCCAGCAGCUUUCGCAGCAGUUUGCACCAAUCACGUGAUGGCAGGUACACUGCCUCUAGUCACCAUGGCAUCGAGAAGCCCCGACUUCCCCACAGCAACAUGCCAAGUCUACACGAGCAACUAAAGCACAGCAACACUAUCCGAUUGGACAGCCAAUCACGACACGGUGGAUCACAACUCAUGGACAGCCAAUCACGGCAUGGCAGUACCCGGGACCUCAGUAGCAGCAUGCAGCCGGUGGUCCAGAGUGGCCCCCUUAAUGGUAUCCACUCUGUUGUAGAGGAAGGCGAAGCCUGUACUUGAUCUCAACACUUUAGUGACAAGUAUUUAA